GUAUGGGUCUUCCGCUCUUGGGGUCGAGUGGGAACAACCAUUGGCAGCACCAAACUUGAAGAGUUUGAGACUGAGGAAGAGGCCAUUGACCAGUUUCAGUCCCUUUAUGAACAGAAGACUGGAAAUUCCUUUCACCGUCGUGACGAUUUCCAGAAACUCCCUGGCAAAUACUAUCCUCUUGAAAUUGACUUUGGACAUGAAUCAGAGGAGGUGAAGAAGCUGAGCAUUCAGAAGUCAACUUCAAAACUACCCAAGCCCAUCCAAGAAUUGAUCUGUCUACUGUUUGAUGUCGACAAUAUGAAAAAGGCUCUCCUAGAGUUUGAGGUUAUUCUUGACCAGCAGUCUCUUUUGUUGGAUCUGAAGAAGAUGCCAUUGGGUAAGUUGAGCAAGAAGCAGAUAGAAAAGGCAUUCAGUAUCCUUGGAGAGGCCCAAAGGUUGCUUGAUGAAGGUGGAUCAAUGGAGUCAAUACAUCCUCAGAUUUUGGACUGCUCCAAUCGUUUCUAUACUCUCAUCCCUCAUGACUGUGGUUUGGACUCUCCCCCUCUCCUCAAUGAUCCUGAGCUUAUCAAGACCAAGCUUGAGAUGUUGGACAGCUUGUUAGAGAUAGAAGUUGCAUUCAACCUGCUGAAGGAAGGACAAGAAGAAGAGGGUGUGGAUCCCAUUGACAGCCACUAUAAGAAGUUGAAAACGGAUAUAGAGGUCCUUGAGCAGUCAUCUGAAGAAUUCCUUAUGAUUCAAGAGUAUAUCCAGAAUACACAUGCUACAACACAUUCAAUGUACUCCCUGGAAAUUCUUGAGGUGUUUCGGAUGCAAAGGCAAGGGGAAAGCAAGCGCUUUAAGCCAUUCAAGGCCCUUCAUAAUCGCAUGCUUUUGUGGCAUGGGUCCCGAACUACCAAUUAUGCAGGAAUUCUGUCCCAGGGGCUUCGCAUUGCCCCUCCAGAAGCUCCAGUCACUGGCUACAUGUUUGGCAAGGGAAUAUAUUUUGCUGACAUGGUCUCCAAAUCUGCCAAUUACUGCUGGACCAGCCAGAAUAAUCCCAUUGGUUUAGUCCUUCUCAGUGAAGUGGCACUUGGGAACAUGUAUGAAAGAAAGCAUGCAGAGAGCUUGAAGAAGCCUCCAAAAGGAAAGCACAGUGUGAAGGGGAUUGGGAGGACUCAUCCUGAUCCCAGCCAGAACAAGGUCCUCUCUGAUGGAACCAUUGUUCCUCUUGGAAAAGGUGUUUCCAGUGGCAUUGAUGACACCUCCCUCCUCUAUAAUGAAUUCAUUGUGUAUGAUGUGGCUCAAGUGAAUAUCAAGUAUCUCCUGAAGCUGAACUUCAAAUACAAAUUCUGAACCUGUCACAUCCUAUCUUGAAUUAAUGUCAUCCUUCUUAUGUUUAAUGACUGUAAAUACUGGAACUUUUGUUGCUCAUGCAGACCAGAAUUAUUUCGAUUGUGCAGUUGUCAUCAUGGAUACCAACCCUUGCAUGCUUGCCUAGAACUCAUUUUCAUGUUUCAGUAUUGUUGCACUAAGCAUAUUCAGUUCUUGGAAUAAACCAC